UUAUAUCGCUUUAUACAUUAACAGAAAAGCAGUCUCAUAUGCGAUGCUGGGCCCAUCCUACAACCAUGCAAUGGAAACACCUGCAACCUUCAUCCUGGUGGGUGUCCCAGGUUUGCCAUCUUCACAUCUCUGGCUGGCUAUCUCACUGAGUAUCAUGUAUGUCACAGCCCUGUUAGGAAACAGCCUCAUAGUGACCGUGAUCUGGAUGGACUCCGCUCUGCAAGAGCCCAUGUACCACUUCCUAUGGGCGCUGGCUGCCGUGGACAUGGCUAUGGCUUCCUCUGUGGUGCCCACGAUGGUGAGCAUCUUCUCCUCCGGGCACAGCUCCAUCAGCUUUACUGCCUGCUUCACUCAGAUGUACUUUGUCCAUGCAGCCACAGCUAUGGAGACAGGACUGCUCCUGGCCAUGGCUUUCGACCGCUAUGUGGCCGUCUGUAAGCCCCUACACUACAAGAGAAUUCUCACACCUCGCGUGCUGUGGGGGAUGAGCGUGACCGUUGCCGUCAGAGCCAUCACAUUCACGACACCACUGAGUUGGAUGCUGAGUCAGCUCCCUUUCUGUGGCUCCAACGUUGUUCUCCAUUCCUACUGUGAGCACAUGGCCGUGGCCAGGUUGGCGUGCGCUGACCCCAGGCCCACUUGUCUCUACAGCCUGAUUGGUUCCUCCAUUAUUGUGGGUUCUGAUGUGGCCUUCAUUGCUGCCUCCUAUAUCCUGAUUCUUCAGGCCGUAUUCCGGCUCUCCUCAAAGAAUGCUCAGCUGAAAGCAUUAGGCACCUGUGGCUCCCACGUGGGGGUCAUGGCUCUGUACUACCUACCUGGGAUGGCAUCCAUCCACGUGGCCUGGCUAGGGACGCACGCGGUGCCUUUGCACACUCAAGUUCUGUUAGCAGACUUGUACCUGAUCAUCCCACCCACCUUAAACCCCAUCAUCUACGGCCUGAAGACCAAUCAACUGCGGAAGCGAACGUGGAGCUUGCUGAUGCGCUGCCUACUGGAGCGCUCCAAGCUGGGCUUAUGAACACAGAGUCUGAUC